AUGACGUCAUCUACCUUCAGCCAAUCAGAUUCGAAAGCCACAGUGGCCUACCUGACGGCGAGGACCGAUGAGUCGAAGCAGGAGGGCAGGUACGAGCUUGAGAUGGCAAGAAGCAGCACGGACUCCAUCCUGCAGUCCUUCUCAUCGUGGCCUGGCACUACUUUCGAGAAGCAACAAGACAUCCAGGAUAAAAUGAAAUCAACCAGCAACUCAUCUUCUUCAUCAUCAUCUUCUUCUUCAAUUCCGCUAACAUCCCAAUCUAUUUUCCGCUCUAGGCACAUUUUUAUGGCCUACUUAAACGGCCACCGUUCUAAAAUACAAAGCUGGACGUACUUUUGUGACGAGAUUCAUUUCUACACUGACCUCAUCGACGUCAUUUUGACGUGGGUUAAUCGAGGCGAGUCGCCAUUACCGUUGGAUAGCAUAACAGGCUCGGUCAUCUCCUUCAUCCCUCUCAUGUUUGGGGCACCCCAGGGUCACGACAGUUCUCUAACACGAGAACGCUGGAGCAGCGUGCGUUACCUCCUGCAAUCCCACUCCUACCUGCUCUCCAGCCUCAACUAUAUUGGGGCUGAACAGUCUCUCUGCAGGGCCUACCACUCCCUUGUCUGUCUCACCAGGAGAGAAACUCUCUACUACGCAAAUUUUUCGUUUGCAGGAGAAGCCUUCUUCCGAAUGUACCGACAGUCCUAUCCCUCACUCACCGAUCCUCGAGAUGAUCUGCCAAGAAAUUUGAAUGAGGAAGAGGUACUCUUUCAACCUUCCGGUACAUCUGACACUCCACCUCGAUCCUGGCGCUGGUACGGACCCGGAUUGAGCAGAGAAUGGAGGAUGGCAGAACACAAACUUUUCUUCCCUACCCUCUUCAUCUGCCGAAGUGAACUCGUGUCGGAGAUGGAUUACGUGGUGACCGCUGGGGGGAAGGCGACAGGCACCACCAGCAGCGACAAUGAAGAUGUCGCUAGUGUAAGUAGCAGCAGUAGCAUCAUUAGUAGUACUAGCGGUAGUAGUAGUGGUGGCACGUUCAGUAAAAGAAAUUUAAAUUAUAAGAGCGAUGAAAUAAGCAGUGCUUUCGAUGUCGACAAUAAUAACGUCAACAAAAUGUACUCCAGUAAAAAAAUUGAAAAGUUGAAAUCGUCACAAACAUCUUCGCACGAUUCCAACAAACGGCAGACGACGACAACUGCUGCUGCUGCUGCUGCUAACGAUCCAUCUGUUCACGCUCAGCAGGACAUCUCAAACUAUCCAUGCGGUUUCUCUAGGAAAAACGAAACAAAAAUAACCGAUAUUCAACUCAUAACAGAACACGAGUUGAGUCGAGUUUUAAUCGCUUUAAAGCAUUCGGUUGACUUAACGAGUCAACUCAGUCGGCAAGCGGAAGUGACAUGUACUUUGUUGCUGACGUCAACGUUCUUCUAUUUAGUUGUCAUUCAUUGCAUAAGAUGCUCGUGCUUAGUUUUGAAAACUGCGAGGAGAAGAAAAAGAGCUUCAAAGGCGCACUUGUUGCAGAAGAGGGAAGUUCCUACAGACAGCAGUGCCGGGUCGGCUCCCCUGUUGCUGGUUGUUCGUCGCGAUGUUGCAGCAACAACUCCGAAACAUGACAUUGUUCAACAACCCCAAAUUGAACAAGAACAUAGACAACAACAAUAUAAGCAACAAUCUUUGUUUUGUGAUACAACCACUCUUCAACAACAACAACAACAACAACAACAGAUGACAUAUCAACAAAAUCAACAAAGCAAACACAAUUCUGUAGGCGGAGUUUUUGAAGACGAGUUUGUAUACAACGUGUUAUCUUCAAUCAGUUCUAACACGUUGACACAUCGAUUCAACAACAGCAGCAGCAACAACAACAACAGCAGUAGCAACAGUAGCUACCAACAACAACAACGAAUUAUCUUGCAACAAAAAACAAACUCGCCAAAACAUCGUCUGCCAACUGCCAAUCAUUUGAACAAGCACGUUCGCAUGUCCGAUGUUACCCUUCCGCGACAGAAAAACUUGCAACAACAAAAUCCUCAUUUAAUGCAACAUUUCACUUUGUUGUCUCAACAGUCUCAACAUGCAACAUCUACGAUACCCAAACUGCAACAACAGCAAACUACAUUUACAAACAAUUCAUUCAUAAGCGACAUACAACCACACUCGGGCCAGCAACAACCAUAUCCACAGUCACAAAAACAACAAUUUCAGCACAUUCAACAACAACAACACGCACUCCACCAACAACAACAACAAUUCCAAAGUCAAUCUACCUUCAACCAGCUCAUGUUGCCAAUUUCAUUCUCGCAACAGCAUUACACAAAUCAGACAGCUUACUCCACGAAUUCAACAACAGCAACAAAAACAUUAACAUCAUCUGGCAGCAGUUUUAUGAUUCCAUCCAUUAACAACAACAUUAACAGCAACAGCAACAACAGCAACAUUCAUCUCAUCAACAUAUCAACCAGCAACAAGAUCUAUUCAACUUCGACAACGACAACAACUACGAACCCUGUAACAACUACUGCCAAUAUAGAAAACUCCGACAUUAAUAAGCCACAAAGCAACAACCACAACAACAACAACAAUGAUAUUAAUAACGGUGAUAACAAUGAUGAUAACAACAAUAACAACACAACACUUGGCGGAUUUGUCGGUUUAAAGAUAGCAACUGUUUAA